AUGACUUCCCUCCAAAAAGUGCUGCUCAAUGCAGCCCUUCUCGCAACAGGAGCGUCAGCAACAAAUCUCUUCGUUGCCAGCACAAACGGGAAUCUCACCACACUCUCCCUUACCAACUCGGCGAGGAUUCCCGUUGCUUUGUCAGGAGUCUGGGCUGGGUUCUUUGGUGCUGAAGGUGGGAAUAAGGGUAUUGCUACUGUGCACUACAACCGCAGCGCCUACUCUAUCAUAGGAAUCAGCGACGACGGACAGCUAAACGGCCCUCUCCAAUCCUCAUUCCCCACCAUCACAAAACCAGGCCCCAUCACCGCCCGUCAAGACUUGUCCUACCUGCAUCAAGUACAGACUGACCCUACUGGCAAAUUCCUCGUCAUGAACGACCUCGGCGGUGACAUGGUUCGCAUCUUUACUUUCGACGCAGAGACCCUGGCUCCCGUAACGGAAGUCUCGCAACUAUUGACAGACCCGGCUGUUGGUCCUCGACACGGCCGUUUCCGGACUGCGGAAUCUGGGAAGAUGUACUAUUUCUUUGUGGGCGAGUUGAGCCAGAAUGUGUAUUCGUAUGAGGUUACGUAUACGGAUGUGGGAAUGAGCUGGACGAAGGUGUUUGAGGUUCCUGCGUUGGGAGUUGGAAAUGAGAGGGCGCCACAGACGGCGCCUGCGAGUGGGCUUGAGUUGACUCCUGACAACAAAUUCGUCAUCGUCUCCAACCGUGACAUCUCAUUUCAAGCUAAGAAAGGACCAACCGAUACACUCUCCACGUUCUCCAUCAACGUAGACGGAACACUGGAACUUAUCCAACUUGCUCCUUCCGGCGGAUGGUCGCCCAGACAAUUCUCCUUGAACAAGAAGGGCAAUUUGUUGGCUGUUGGGCAUCAGAAUAACUUCACUGUUAUUGUUUGGGAGAGGGACUUGGAGAGUGGAAAGAUUUUGGGGCAGAGGGCGAGCAUUAAGUUGAGUACGGCUGUGGUGGCUACUAUUUGGGAUGAGUGA